GGAAUGAGGACCUCGUUAAUUGGUGCUCGGAUCAGGUAUGGCGGGGAACGCGGUCCAGGAAUUGGGAGACGCGUUCCAGUAGGGAAGGACGCGCCACUGCAGACGGUAAAGUGCAGCCUGUGGGGCUCGACGUUCGGGACUCGACACGCCUGGAGCCGCCGGAACAAUCCACUAUUUUCACUAGCCACGAUCUCCGAUCCACUGCGAUGUCAAUUCCGAACUCCAGGUUCCAAUGAGCCAUAGGCGAAUCACGUCCAGUCCAUUGCCGACUUCUUCACCAACUAUCUCUCUUCUUCCCUACAAUACAGAUUCAGCCGCCAUGUCCGCCUUCGAGAGGGCAUUGCCUCUUGCUUUGACCGUCUUCUGUGGCGUUAUCGGAGGAUACUACACAUUCCAGCCUGUCUUCGCACCUGAUGCACUCAGAAAAGAUACCCCUUCCCAAAGCGCCGAGACAAAACCAGAGCCACCGAAAAAUCCUGCACCAGCAUCGAAGUAAGCCAGAAUCAUCACCCUUUGGAGGAAUACGUGGGGAAUUCGUACAUUUAUUGCGUAUCAAUCAAGGAGUUUUCAUGUUUUAUUAUCACAAUUCACUCCGUUGAGUCUUUGAGAGUAUUAGAGUCAUUGGUUCAAGGUACAAUAAUGCCAGUACAUGUAUUACAUAGAGAGGAACAGACAUAUCAGCCAUCUUCAAGUUAUGGGAGAUAACCUGAUGGGUUAAAAAUUAUGACUAUCUAACUUAUAUCUUAUGUCAUCUCAUUUCAGGGGUCGUUAGUUUUAGACGCAUUUGUUCAUCAAAGCCAGAAGCAACGUAUGUACG